AUGGAUAGACAAAACCAAAAAAGAAACUUCAAAAUUUUGUUCGAGAGAAGAAUUAUAUUAUCCCCCGAUGGAGAAAAGCACACGGAUAAAUCCAUAAAUGGAUUUUAUGGAGUGUGCCUGAUAUUGCUUUCCUUGUGUAUGGUGUGCUUCUCUAGUUUUUUUUUUCUUUCCCAUGCAUCCGUACGCUGCAUACUAUUACAUCGUGAGUGUUGGCUCCAUCCCUGUGUACAUUAUGUAUAG